AUGGGAUUUCUCAGCAUAAUCACAUCACUAACUCCAGGAGAUCCUCGGUCCCGACUUCCACCCCCACGACGUGAAGAAAGUGGUAGGGGACCGAGCCAGCGUGCUCCUCCUUUCAGUCCUCCGCUUUAUGAAGCUCCCCCUCCUUCUUACGAAUCUCUUUCAACUACAUCUACGAGACCUGAGGGUUUUGAAUCAAAGUCUGACAGUCAUCUCGCCACAGCAAGACAGAAUUCUGGAAGUUUAGUCGCACCCAGCGGGCCAACUAACAGGCCGCAAUCUUCUCGCUCAUUACAAAAGGAGAGACCUCAUUCUUCUUAUACACCAGAAGUCGACCGCCGAUUCUCCCAGGCAUCAGCCGAGGAGGCUCGUCGCUCUUCUCGUACGUCAGAGGAGAGUCGUUGCUCCUCUACAAGUGAACCUGGUUCUUCCCAUGAACUCACCAAGGACAGGCGACCCUCUACCACAGGAAUGAGAUCCAAAGGUACUUUUCGACGCCAAACUCACCAUGAGUCUACAGAUGUGGAUAAUCAUACAUCGGGUACUUGUAUUCGCUGCAGAACUGAAGCUUCACAUGUCCCAAGAAGCUCUGAGCAAGCUCGGGUCACUACUGGUUUUGCGACAUACGAUGAAUGGUGCACUCGCUCCAGAUAA